UGGUGUGCUUGUACGUUAGUCUCGCAGUUUGUGCAUUAACGGCAAUUACAAUGUGCGCCCUCAGAUUCACCCCAUGUUGUAGAUGCUGUUAAUACUAAAUUUUUAAUCAAAAUUAUCAAAAUUGCCUGUGCUUGUAAACAACAUUUUUUUUAAUUUGUCAAAGUCAUAUUUUGAAAGUCCAGUUAAAAUUCCAGUAACCAACACAAAAAUGGAAGGAGAAUGCGCUAUGGAUGAUGAAUCAUUCCAAGAGCCGGAGGUAAAGGUCCCGCCAAUAAUACCAGAUUCUGCCUAUUAUGACUAUCACGUCUCUCGGAUGAUAAGAAAAAACUCGCCAGAUCCAGAAGAUGAUGAAGAAGCUAUAGAGAGAGUGCUCGACGAAUUCGACAAGUUAGAUGCGCCAGCUACAGUACAAGAGUUUGUAACAUUUGUCGGGCCCUACACUAAAGAUGAAGGAGCGACACUUCGUAAAGUCAUGGAGGAGGAGAUGACAAAAUUCGAAAAACUGCAGAAUGAAGUGUAUAAACCAUUGUUAGACGACACCGCAGAUAUUUUGAUGAACGAAGAUCUUCAAAGAGCGAAAAAAUAUGCCGAUGAAGAAGCGGAAGUCAAUUCGAAAAUUCUGGAUAUGGUCAGCGAAAUCUACCGGAUGGUGCCCACGUUCAAUUUCAAGGAGUUCUUCACGAAUCCCAACCAAUACCUUGCUAAAACCCUUCCUUUUCCUGCCGAAACCAACGACGACACCGAUAUAAAAAUGCAAGGUUUAUACCACCGUUACAAGUGGCUAGAAAAUGAAUUGUCGAGAUUGCAGACCGAAAACAGGGAAAUGGAACUGAAAUUAAGCGAACUGAAGGCUCAGCUGAAACGCCAGAGACAAAAGACUUCGAGAACGAUCGACCAGGCCGACAUCAAACGGCAAUGUUUGGUCAACCAGGAGGCGGAAAUCAAAGAUGCUUUGGCUGAAACGAACAUCAAGUUAAACGAUAUGAUGCUGAUGCUGGAGCAUAAGAACAGGAAGGAGAACGAGCAAGAUAUAUGGGAAUAUGCAUUUGAGGCUAAGCGGGAAAAAGACGCAACUCCUGGCAGCACCACUAGUGAUAGUGAAUGUCAUUGUGAAUAAGAUCUUGGACUUUUAUUUUUUACUUUAUUAUCAAUUUAUGUACAUUCAACAAUAUUAGCGAAUUGUUAAUAAAGUGUUGGAAACGAAACAA